AUGACACUUCAUCCUCUUAUCAAUAAGCCAGCGCCAGAGUUUUCUGUCCCCGAUGCGAACGGACAAAUGUUCAAGUUUCCCCCUGAAGAACAGGGGCGGCGAGUGAACAAGCCUAUUGCAUUAUUCUUCUACCCCGAGUCAGGGUCGCUUGCCUGCACCCAGGAGGCUUGCCAAUUCCGCGAUGCAUUGGUUGAGAAAGAGAUCUUCAAGCGGACUAACGUCCAGGUCAUCGGGAUAAGCCCCGAUUCUGUGCCAAAGCAGAAGCAAUUUGUUGAAAGUCAUAACCUCACAUAUCCUGUCUUGAGCGACGAGAAGCACGUCGCCUACGGGGCUUUCCAAGUCGGCAAGAGCUUUCUCGGAUUUACCGAUGCGAGAACAACUUUUGUCAUCGACAGAGAUGGCAUAAUCAGGGAUUCAUUGUCUGCAACAAUGAUAUACAGAGCCCACGUCAAAUUCGUUGUUAAGGCCUUGGAAAAACUGGCGUCUCAAGUCGAACCUUCUCCUCAGUCCUCGGCAGAAAGGCAUGACACCGAUGCAGCACGGUCCGAUGUCCCGUCUUCAGCUGAACUGGGUCGAGUUGCGUGCGUGGUUGGUGCAUGA